GGAGCAGCUGUUUGCCUUUUCUAGCUGAGGGUGGUUUUUUUUUUUCCUGUUCCAUUGCUGCUUUCUUAUUGGCUGAAGCAAGGAAGGAGGAAGGGUUAGAGUGAAGCAAGCUAUGAACUCGGUGAAUGUAGUUGGACUAGUUUUUUGAGGAGGAUAGGAAAGAGAGGGUGAGCUAUCAAGAUCAGUACUAACAGCUUCCAGUUCUCUUUCUGUCUCAUCACCACAACACCCCUCUCCCCACUUCUCUUUCUGUCUCUUUUGAACAUGGUUGGGGAUCAUUGUAACCACAGCAGUGAAAGACCUGUACUUUCUCAAACUCCCAAAACUGGAAUAAGUUGCAAAAUGGUUCUACAAGCAGUAGGAAAAGUAUUAAGAUGCCACUCAACAACGUUCUUCCACCAUAUCAAUUUACAGUAUAGUACCAUCUCCGAAUUCUGUACAGGAGAAUCGUGUCAGACCAUGGCAGUAUGCAAUACACAAUACUACUGGUAUGAUGAGCGAGGAAAGAAGAUCAAAUGUACAGGCCCUCAGUAUGUUGACUUUGUCAUGAGUUCAGUGCAGAAGUUAGUGACGGAUGAGGAUGUCUUUCCUACUAAAUAUGGCAAAGAAUUCCCAAACUCAUUUGAGUCCCUAGUGAAGAAGAUCUGCAAGUAUCUGUUUCAUGUGCUAGCCCACAUCUAUUCAUCACACUUCAAGGAAACACUGGCACUGGAAUUGCAUGGACAUUUGAACACACUCUACGUACACUUCAUCCUUUUCAUCCGGGAGUUUAAUCUGGUGGACCCUAAAGAAACAACCAUCAUGGAUGACCUCACAGAGAUCCUCUGCAGCAGUAGUGGGAGCAGUAGCAGUAACGGAAGUGGCAAUGGUAGUGGUGGCGGCAGCGGCAGCAGUAGUAGUAGUGCAGUAGCACAGAACCACGUGAAGGAGAGAUGAAUCUUCCCAACCAGAGCAAAACCAACGCUAACACUUUUUAAAAAAAGGAAAUUACUCUCUAUUCUCGGAUGUAUGCAUAUAUAUAUAUAUAUGUGCUUAUGUGUGUGUGUGUGUGUAUGUGUGUGUGUAUAUAUAUAU